CAACAAAUCAUCACCAGUGGCUGUCAAGGUAAAAAAGUCCUUACUUCAGGUGCCAAUCAAAGUUUAGAGAAUACAAUGCUUACAGAUGACUUUCAAAAUUCUCCAAACUUUGACUGUUUUACCAGCAAAACUUCAGUUAACAAAUUGUCCACUAAUAACUCUAAACCUCGGUCCAACUUUACCAGUGGUGCCAGUCUCACUCAAACAUUGCUUCCUGAUGACAGUCCAAAUCCUCCAAAUGCUACCAAUGAUGCCAGUCAAAGUUCUGGACGCAAAUUGCUUCCUAUUGACUCUCAAUGUCUUUCAAACCUAACCAGUGAUACUGGUCAAAGUUCAGGACACAUUCUGCCUUCUGAUCAGCCUCCCGAAAGUCAUCCACAACUUGCCAGUGAUGCUGGUCAAAGUUCAGGACACAUUCUGCCUUCUGAUCAGCCUCCCGAAAGUCAUCCACACCUAACCAGUGAUACUGGUCAAAGUUCAGGACACAUUCUGCCUUCUGAUCAGCUUCCCGAAAGUCAUCCACACCUUGCCAGUGAUGCUGGUCCACAAUCAGGCAGGAAAUCACUUCCUGAUGACACUCCAAACUUUACUAGGGAUACCGGUCAAAAUUCAGCAAACAAUUUGCCUCUUGAUGAAUCUCAAAACCUUCUAAACCUAAGCAGUGAUCAAAGUUCAGAAAACACAAUGCCUGCUGAUGACAUUCAAAGACAGCUAAACCUAACCAGUGGUGUUGGACAAAGUUCAGAAAACAUAGUGACUCCAUUUGACCAUCGAUAUCUUCAAACAUUUACCAGUGAUGCUGUUCAAAUUUCAUGGAGCAAAGUGCUUUCUUAUGACUAUAAAAGUCCUUCAGACAUAACCAGUGAUGCUGGUCAAAAGGCAAAGAACAAAUUGCCUCCUGAAGACUCUCAAAGUCAUUCAAACCCUACCAGUGGUCAUGGCCAAGGUUCAGAAAACACCAUGACUCCUGAUGACUCUCAAAGUCCUUCAAGUCUUUACAUUAAUUGGGAUCAAAGUUCUAAAGACAAAUUGCCUCCAAAAGACUCUCAAAGUUAUCCAAACUCUACCAGUGGUGUUGGACAAAGAUCAGAAAACACAGAGACUUCUGAUGCCUUUCAAAGCCCUCCAGACCUUACCAAAGAUGCAUGCCAGGAUUUAGAGAGCACAAACCCAACCAGUGGUUCUGGUCUGACUUCAGAAAACACAAUGACCCCUGAUGACACUGUAAGUCCGCAAGAUGUAACCAGUAAUGCUGGUCAAAACUUAAAGACCAAAUUGCAUCCCAAUGACUCUCAAAGUCCUCCUGAUCAAAUCAGGGAUGCUGACCAGGGUUCAGAAAGCACAGUGACUGUUAAUGACUCUCAAAGUCAUUCAAACUUUACUAUUGGUUCUGAUCAGGCUUCAGAAUUCACUGUGACACCUGAUGACUCUCAAACUCAUUCAAACCUUACCAGUGUUUCUUGCCAGAGUUCAGACACCACCAUGAUUCGAGAUGACACUCAAAGCCCUCCAGACCUAACAAAAAAUGCAGGCCAGGGUUCAGAAUACAGAGUGACUCCUUUUGACUCUCAAAGUCAUUCAAACCUUUCCAUUGGUUCUGACCAGGCUUCCGAAAACACAGUGUUUGCUAAUGCCCCUCAAAGCCCUCCAGACCUUACCAAAGAUGUGGGCAAGGAUUUAGAGAGCACAUUGAUUCCUGGUGACUCUCAAAGACAUUCAAACCUUACCAGCGGUUGUGACCAGCGUUCAGAAAACACAAUGCCUCCAGAUUACUCUCAAAGUCCUCCAGACCUAAACAGUGAAGUUGGACAAAGUUCAGACAACAGAGUGAAACCUGAUGACUCUCAAAGUCCUCCGAAUCUUACAGUUGGUCUACAAAGACAUGAUAUUUUACAGGCCGAAGAAACUUCCAAAAGACAGAAUCCUUCAGAUAGGCAUGUUAUCCUACAAAUACAGCAGGAACAAUGGCCAAGUUUGGAGAGCUUCUCAAUAACCAACAAUGAUGAAACUGAAGGAAUACAAUUUAGAAGUGCUGACUCCGACAUUGCUUUAGAAACACGUCCCAAAGAGAUUUGGCAAGACAAAAAUGAGGAAUCAGUAGAUCUACAUCACAACGAUCAUGAAUCAACACCAUUUAGUUACAACACUGGUGCAACUAAAGUCUUCUCCUGUGAUCCACUAUCCAGUAAUUUUGCACUUCUUGUAGGGGAUCCAACACCAGACCAUGAGGAAAAUCAGGAGACACAACCAAAGAGUCCAUUUGAUCAUCACCAACUGAUGUUAGAAGACAACUUCACACACCAUUUGUCAUCAAAUCAAUGUGGAAAUGAACAAUGUCAAGGGAAGAAUGAAGAAACACAGGAAGACACAAGUGUUCUCAGACAACAGGACGUUAUAAGGGACCAUCAUGUUUUACCUCCUUCCUCAGGAGAGACGACGGUUCAACCAAUAAACAAUGCAAAUGACCUUGGUGAACAAAUUCCUCGUGUUGGUUCUAGAAUGACAGCAGAACCAAACGCACUGGUUUCAACUGACCCAAACAGAGUGGAUGAUUUCCAAUAUUUAGGAAAUGUGAUGGAGGGACAAAAUCUAAUCAACCUUCAACCUUCACAUCCCCUGGUAGAAGCUGCUCAACAGCAAGAUACAAGAUUUGACAACAGAGGCUCAACACAUUUAGUGACAGUGACGAUUUGUCACCGACAGCGUCCAGUUACAGUAUUGACAUUCCCUACACCUGUCAACAUUGGUCAUCUAAUACAGGUUAUUGAACAGGAUGAAAAUGUACAGGAGGUGUUAAGAAGUUACCCUGUUCCACACAGGUUAGAUUGGGAAGAAUUCCUGACCAGGGAGAAUGUUGGGAUCAUUUACCACAACACAACAGUUGAACUAGUUCUCCACUAGUUACCUAUCCUGGAGAGAGACCAUAUGUACAAUGAUGUUAUCAAUUAUAAUUAGAUGUUUAUGGAUUGGUUUGCUUUGGGUUUAUUAUCAUGUGGUCAUCUUUCAAAAUCUUCAGCAUUAUCUUAAUCAAUUAUAAUGUAAUAUACGGAAGUUAACCUUUAUAAUAUUCUUGUGCAUAAUUAUAUAACACUGUACAGGUGUAUAGGUCUGUAUUGCAAUUGACCUGGCCUCGAUCUGAAAAUGCAACAUUUUUUAUUACAAAUUUAUAAGCUGCUAUUUCUUGUUUAUAUGUAUUAAUCUUUUAUAUGCAAUUUUAAAUGU